AAUAUUCAGCAGCGUUCGGGCCCAAUCAUAAUGAAGCGCAAUGUUGCUGCUUUCGAUAGUGUAUAUUGUGGCUCAGAUUUUGAAUGUUGAUUCAAAAGCUGCAAAACUACCAUUUUGCUUUGCAAAUUGCACUUUGCACGACCAAACUCGCGAGAAAUUCUUGGAGUCCACAUAUCCUGAAGAGCUAAUAUCUGGAUCAGAUACUUUGUCUACACUUUUGUCCAAGGAUCGUUCAAAAUACAUUGGAAAUAGAAAAUUUAUUUGUGGUCGUCUGUACUUUUUUGGAUUUACAAAGGUGACAUUCAGGGAUGCAGUAAUUGCCUGUGCCCAAAGACGCAUGCAACUCAUGUCAAUCAAUGACGGACCAAAGCAACAAAAAUGCCUAACUGACAGCAAUAAAAUUACACAGAAUUUUAUCUUUGACUGGCUAAGUGCUGAUAAUUUCGACUAUGUAUGGACCAGCGGGAUGGCCGAGGGGAAUUCAACGAGGUGCAAAUCUGUGGCGUAUUCGUGGUGCGCCAAAGACUCGAGCAUUGUUGAUCCUGAGUUUUUCAACCUUUCCAAAGUUCAGUCAGACCUGAAAUGUUUGGCGGUUAGUCCUAAGAUGGGAAACCUUGCUAGAGUCAGUUGUGAAAAACUGCUACCUUUUUAUUGUGAGAGCCAAUGCAGUACUGUCUUCUGUCCCAGAAAUGAUAUUUGCAAGAAAGACGAGAGCCUUUUUGAUGAAAAUAAUGAACUAAAAAACGGCCUCAGCUUUGGAGUCUGGACUCAAAUAAAUGUCGUGGACGGAGAACAUAAAGAUGUGCUGUAAACUCGGAAUGAGUCCUAUUUACCCUGAUACCAAUAGGAUAAGGAAACUCAACAGCGCAACAUUUUACCCACGUAACCCAAAAAUUAAGAAUUCAAACCGGGCUCACUAAUUGCAAAA